CGGUGUUGCAGGGCAGUCUGUUGUUUGUUUGUUUAUUUGUUUGUUUGUUUGUUGACAGCGUUCGGAGCGGUGUUGCAGGGCAGUUUGUUGUUUAUUUGUUUGUUUGUUUGUUGACAGCGUUCGGAGCGGUGUUGCAGGGCAGUCUGUUGUUUGUUUAUUUAUUUGUUUGUUUGUUUGUUGACAGCGUUCGGAGCAGUGUUGCAGGGCAGUCUCUUUGGGAUGGCAGGUUUGCUCCCGGCUUCGUACACCACGCCCAUCAUGAGCGGCCAGGGGAUGGCAGGGAGCUUCGCCGCCUUCGCCAUGAUCUGCGCCAUCGCAAGUGGGUCUGAUCUGCAGGAUGCAGCCUUUGGAUAUUUCAUCACAGCCUGUGUUGUUAUCUUUCUGUCCAUCCUCUCCUACAUCCUGCUGCCCAAACUGGAGUUCUUCCAGUUUUAUCAGGAGAAGAACCGGGAACAGAACCCGGAGAACUCAGUGAAGCUGAUGAACCCAGAGAGCGAUGGAAAGUCAGCUGAUCAGAGCGGCCAACAGGACGUCUCCAUAAUAAAGAUCUUUAAGAAGAUCUGGCUGCUGGCUCUCUCCGUGUGCUUCACCUUCACCGUCACCAUCGGCACGUUCCCCGCCAUCACGGCCGACACCAAGUCCACGCUGGCCAGGGGGUCCUGGGGGUCCUGGGAGCGAUACUUCAUCCCCGCCAGCUGCUUCCUCCUCUUCAACCUGAGCGACUGGGCCGGACGCAGCCUGACCGCCUUCUGCAUGUGGGUGAGUCCUGAACCCUGACAUCAC